AGACACGCCCAUAAAGAACGAUUGGCCCAGUUCAACACACUUGAUCAACCGACAACCGACGAAAAGUAGGUUGGGCAAGGCUCGGUUCUGUGGAAGAUUUUGCUGGGGAAAGAACUCGUGCCGCGUCAUAAAAGAAAUAGUGAAAUUUAUUGCCGCAUCCCUUCCGAUUUUUUCUUAUCGCGUCGAAAAGAAUUCAGCCUUCAUUCAUUCAAGCUCCACCGAGAUGUGUGACCAAGAUAAGAGUGAUAAGAUCAUGAACAACCAGCCCACCAAAAGUUCCCACUCUGGACGGAGACAAUGUGCGUACCGGCCUGAACAAGAACCUGAGUUUCUCUCCCGAGGACAGAGAGGAGAACAUCCGACGUAUUGCUGAGGUCUCCAAGCUCUUCGCUGACGGUGGCAUCGUCUGUAUCACUUCCUUCAUCAGCCCCUACAAAAACGAUCGUACCAAGGCUCGUGAGUUGCACGAAAAGACUGGCCUCAAGUUCUUUGAGUGCUACGUGAACACGCCCAUCGAAAUCUGUGAGCAGAGGGAUGUGAAGGGUCUCUACAAGAAGGCCAGGGCUGGCAUCAUCAAAGGAUUCACUGGUGUGGACUCCGCCUAUGAAGCACCCGAUGCGCCAGACGCCAACCUGAAGGCCGGCCAGAUCUCAGUGGACGAAUGUGUUCAGGAAAUUGUCUCCCUUCUGGCUGAAAAUGAAAUCGUUCCUCGUGCGGCCCUGCACCAGGUGCGAGAUCUGUUUGUGCCCGAGAACAAACGUGAAGCUGCCCAGGCUGAGGCAGCGACACUGCCGGCUGUUGACAUCACCAAGCUGGACUUGCAGUGGACGCAGGUGCUGGCUGAGGGCUGGGCCACGCCCAUGUCUGGCUUCAUGAGGGAGGCAGAGUAUCUACAGAGUCAGCACUUUGGCUGCUUACUGGACGCGGGUGUGGUGAAUCAGUCCAUCCCUCUAGUUUUGCCUGUCCAGACGGCGGACAAGGAAAGAUUGGAUAAAUGUGAGGCCAUCACUCUACGCUACGAAGGCAAGAACAUCGCCAUUCUACGCAACCCAGAGUUUUACCCUCACAACAAAGAAGAGCGUUGCAGUCGCCAGUUUGGCACCGCUAACCCUGGGCACCCGUAUGUAAAGAUGAUACUGAACAGUGGGGACUGGUUAUGUGGAGGUGAGCUAGAGGUUCUGGAUCGAAUAUAUUGGAACGAUGGGCUGGAUGAAUAUAGACUGACACCACAAGAACUACGUAACAGAUUCAGACAGCUCGGAGCUGAUGCAGUGUUCGCCUUCCAGUUGAGAAACCCGGUUCACAAUGGCCACGCCCUCCUCAUGUCAGACACAAAGAAGAAACUCCUGGAGAGAGGCUACAGAAAGCCAGUGCUUCUACUUCAUCCACUCGGUGGCUGGACCAAAGACGAUGACGUUCCUCUGCCAGUGAGAAUGAGGCAGCACAAGGCCAUCCUGGACGACAAGGUCCUAGACCCAGAGUCCACAGUCAUUGCCAUCUUCCCUUCACCCAUGAUGUAUGCUGGACCAACAGAGGUUCAAUGGCACGCAAAAGCUCGUAUGUCAACAGGCGCUAACUUCUACAUUGUGGGUCGUGACCCGGCUGGAAUGCCUCACCCAGACAACGGCAAAGAUCUUUAUGACGCAACACACGGAGCUAAGGUUCUCACGAUGGCACCAGGCCUGACCCAGCUGGAGAUUGUCCCGUUCCGUGUGGCCGCCUACAACACACGCAAACGAGCCAUGGACUUCUUCGACCCUGAGAAGAAACAGGACUUUGAGUUCAUUUCCGGGACCAAGAUGCGCAAAAUGGCCAGAGAGGGAAUCAACCCACCAGACGGUUUCAUGGCGCCCAAAGCCUGGAAGAUCAUGGUGGAAUUUUACCAGUCAAUUGCCGCCAACAAGUAAUUGGCGUGGCCAAUAAUAUGCAAAAUUUGAUAGUGCAAAAAUUAUUUUCUACAGUUCUAUAUUAUUUUAUAAUUAUUGUUAAUUUAAAACAAUGUGGGUCUUUUGGCUUUCUUUUGUAAAGGUAAUAUGUUUUUUUAAAUUUUGUUUUUGUUUUGUCCACUCCCAAUGAGCAGUGUAUUUGGUACACUGACGACAGAAAUGGAUGAGUUUAAGAAGAAUUAAUUAAUGUUUUGGAAAGUUUUCAUAUUGGUCUUGUGCAAUAACAGACUAUGUCCCCUUGAAGUUAAAGUGGAUCAGUAGGGCUUUUGUUGUUGGGGGUUUUAGUUUGGGCAAAAUGGUAAAAAGAAAUAUCACCUUUCUUUAAAAACUUGUUUGAAUAGUCAAGAGUACUUAAGGUUUCUAAUAAGCUGCAGUUUCAUUUUGUUUCAAAUAGUAGUACCUUAUUAUAUCUAAGAUGUACUUCAACUAUGAAGAAGAUUAGUAGAACAGCCUCUUUAUCAUUUCAUUUUGCACCAAAUAGUCAAAGGCAUGCAAACCUCAUAUGACUCAUACGUUCACAUCAGUCUUUCGUAAGCAUAAAUGAGAGUUCAGAUAGCCCAAGGCAUGGGAACAGAUAGCCAACUUUACAUUAUUCAUAUGUAUACAUCAGUCUGUUUUAAAUGGGAGUUCAUUCCUUCUGUCUCAACAUUUUCAUCUGUUGAAUUAGUAGUAUUGAAUUCAUUCAUAGCCAAAAAGAGCAACACACUUGUGAAGUGUUCUGAAGUUUGCUAAUCAAGUUCAAAAUAGUUCAGCUGAUGUAGGUUGUGAUUUUUUUCAGCCAGUAAGCCGUAGUCACCUGCUGUCCGUUUUGGUAUGUUUCAUAAAAAGACAGUUUCUCAAAGCCUGACCUAGUAGAUGGGUGGACAUCUUACACUCUCUGCUGACCAGCGGCUAUCGAUUUAUCUCACAGACUGCAGGGGGCAAAUUUCUCUUUUUGUUUAAUGUUCUAGUUAUGUUCUUACCCAGGGUAAUGAUCCUUGAAAUUCAUUGUUCAUGGUCUACUGUUACUUGUUGUUAAGUCUUAUAUGGAAACCAGACAACCCAACUGAGUGAGUUUUCUUGGAAAUUGUGACUGUUUCUGAGUUUUCCAUACUUUGUUGUAAACACAAUGAAUGUGAUGUAUGUUCAUAUGAUUUUACAAAAUGGAAAUUUUAUUCUAAUUUACCCGACCACAUGCGUAAUUCACUUUUUUUAGUAUAAUUAUACUUGUUGAUCUUUCUGAGUGAGUCCUGUCACAUUUUCCCUCUAUGAGGAUGAUCUUGCAAUAACCAAUAACAGAAAUUCUGUUGUAAUGUUGGACCAUAUUUAUAUGCACUUUGGUUUAUCCUCUUGGUAGGAAAUAAUGGGCAUUUUGUCGACUUCACUUAAUGUAUUUGUGAUAUAUACUUAGGGAAAGGGGAGGGGGCUUUUUUCUUUUAUCAGUUUCAUUUUGGCUUCUCACCCACAAUGAUUUGGUUGAUCUGUUCUUUCGAUCAAAAGAGAAGUUUGUCUUCAGUCUUCUAUCAUGUUCCCAUUAUAUUCUGAGAGGUCUAGUUGAGGCUGUGAUAAAGAUAUAUCAGCCGAUGCCUUGAAGAGGAAAAGAAUUGGAAUGAAUUAUUUAGUGGAUCAGAAAAGAAAAAAAACUAAUUUUUGGUUUUUCUAAACCUCCACUUGGCAUUACGUAAAGAAAUACUUUGAAAUGGAGAAUAGACCCAUGCAUUUCUCUUGUUAGUAUACCUCUAAUGUCUUGUCAUUGACUGAGCUCUGUGUUAUUAAUUGCAAGGGGGGCUUUCUACAUGAGGGAGACACAAGUUUCUUGAGUUGUUGAUGAAGAUGAAUGCAAGUACAAAAUAUUGAAGGGCCCAAAGCUUACCAUGACCGAUCUCUGUACCUUACUGAAAUUAUUCAGAUGCUUUCACAAUGACUCUCCGAGAUGAUCUAUCGGUGCUUCUCUCUGUAUAUUCGUCUUCAUCUCUCUCUAAUUUUUUGUUUGUCUGACUUACUACCCUUUCUUAAAAACUUUAUUUUCAUUUCUCUCUGCCUUUUAUUCUCUCUCCCAAUCUGCUGUCUGUGUUGUUUUUUUCUUUUGGUUUGGAUAGAACCUGUCCUUAUACUGCUGAAGAGGUCUGUGAUAGAUUAUGAGAUUGUACUUCCACGUAGUCAGACACGUAGCAGCUAGGCCUGUGUCCAAGCUUUUCACGAUGUUUAUGACCCAUAAUCAAGAAUGGCGUUGUAGUUUAGCCAACGAUCAAAUAACAAAGAAUGUGAUUCAGUGGAGUUUUCCUAAACAUGUGUAGUAUUUCUUUCAAAGCACACAAUAGAGAAUGGAAGGUCAUUUAUAUUACGUGAACAUGAGCUUGCAGAAUUUGUAUCAAGUAUGCAAGACAAACCAGAACUUGAUACAAUGUCAUGCUCCAUGUUUCUAAUGAGAACGCUUUUCCUUUGGUGAAACUCCAAAGUGACUUGUGCUCAUUUUGAAGUCGGCCUAAUCAGUAAAUUCUGAGCUCUCUGAGAAUGUUAUAGCAGUGUCAGGCUAUAUAUUGUUGGCAGGACUACAAUGUCUCUUUAUUGACAGUUAUAACUCCUGAAAUUAUUGUCUUCAUUGGUCAUAAUUGUGAACAAAAUUGUCGUGAUUCACCAUAGCAACAAAUGAAAUUGUAUUUUUCGUGAUAGUGAUCAAAUUUAUCUUCAAUCACAAUAGUGACUUUUGAAACAGUCUUUAUUGGUCGUAAUAAUGACCAAAUUGUCAUGAUUCACCAUAGGGACAAAAUGAAAUUGUCUUUAUUCACCCCAGUAUUAGAAUUGAAGCUAUGCGAUGAGAUUAACAUAAAAGUCACUAUUGUUCACUUGAAUGUUUUUAUUUGUUCAUUAAUCAAGCUCUCAUGACCCCAUGAAAGUGCUGCUUGUUUUUUCGCCAAGGGAUCAAGCAUUGAAUCGAGCUGUAUCUUAACACAUGUUUCAAGGCAAGUUUGAUUUCACUGUUUGUAUGAAACAAAUACGUUGUGUGAUAAGCACAUGUGGAGGUGUGAGAAGAUGUUGUACACUGCUCAAUGUGGCACAGUGCACCUAUGUAUUCAUCCAUGUAUUUCAUAUUCGAGAGGGACUAUAAUUAAAUUGAAAACCUUGAUCAGAAUCAAU